CCCGGGAGAGCACACAGCUCGGCGGGGCGGGCAGCGAGCGGGCGCGCGAGCUCGGCGUCGUGGCGGAGCAAAACUUCCGGGGGCGGGGGGAGAGGAGAGAGAAACUUUGAAAGGGUCCGGUUCUGCUGGGGUCGCGGGUCUCUGGAUGGGGACAACACGUGCGGCAUUGCCGAGAGGAGGUGCGAGAGCGACGCUUUUGGAGAAGGACGAAGACGACGACGAGGGGGCGCGCCGCGACGGUGAGGGUGGAGGACGCCGGCGAUGGGAGGGGCCUGCCGCCGCCGUCGCCGGCGACAGGGCCCUACGCCGGCGGUCGGCGCGGGCCGCGGCGGCAGGGCGAGACCAUAGCCAAGGGCCACAAGAACUACGAGCUCAUGCUGAACCUGCAGCUCGGCAUCAGGCACGCAGUAGGAAAGCAAGGCCCAAUUACACUUGAUCUCAAGUCAUCAGCAUUCGACCCCAAGGAGAAAGUAUGGACAAGGUUCCCACCGGAAGGCUCGAAAUACACUCCUCCACACAGUUCGUGCGACUUCAGAUGGAAGGACUACUGCCCGCAAGUAUUCCGGACGUUGCGCAAGCUGUUCAAGGUCGAUGCCGCGGACUACAUGCUGUCUCUCUGUGGAGACCAGGCUCUCCGGGAGCUCUCGUCUCCGGGCAAGAGUGGGAGCUUCUUCUAUCUCACGAGCAACGACCAGUACAUGAUCAAGACGAUGAAGAAAUCUGAAGUGAAGAUAUUUCUGAAGAUGAUUCGAGCUUAUUACAACCAUGUCAGAGCGUUCGAGAGCACUCUGGUCACCAAGUUCUUCGGUCUUCACUGUGUCAAGUUAGCUGGAGCGAACCAAAAGAAGGUCCGUUUUGUCAUAAUGGGAAACCUGUUCUGCUCCGACUACUCCAUCCAUAGGCGGUUUGACCUGAAAGGUUCGUCACUGGGACGGACGACGGAUAAGCCACAGACGGAGAUUGACGAGUACACUACCCUGAAGGAUCUUGAUCUUAACUUCGUGUUCCGGUUGCAAAAGCACUGGUACCAGGAGUUCCAAAGACAGGUCGACAGGGACUGCGAGUUUCUGGAGCAGGAAAAUAUCAUGGACUAUAGUCUUCUGGUUGGUGUACAUUUUAGGGACACUAGGGAUAGGCUAUUGACCGGAGGUUCAUUCGAUAGCGACUGCAGCAGAGGAUCGUCGCCUCACUUGUCUCGAGGAGAUACGGAUCCAAACAGGUUAGCCAAGAUAAAACUUGGGUCUAACAUGCCGACGAGAGCCGAACGGACGAUACGAAAGGGUGACUGUGAGGUGCAGAUCAUGGGAGAGCCUACGGGGGAGUUGUACGAUGUCAUACUGUACUUCGGGAUCAUAGACAUCCUCCAGGACUACGACAUCAGCAAGAAGCUCGAGCACGCGUACAAGUCCUUCCAGUACGACCCGACGUCCAUUUCGGCGGUGGAUCCGAAGCAGUACUCGAGGCGCUUCAGGGAUUUCGUGUUCAAAGCGUUCCAGGAAGACAGGUUCGACUUGUGAAGGGACGCGUGGGAAGCUCGAUCGGGAGGCUACCGUUGCCGCUGACACGGGUUAACCAGUGUUGAGAUCCGCACUGCAGCAGAGCUUUUGGUGACCCUACUUCCACUUGCACUCGCCGGAUUGAUGAAGCUCCUGCAUGCAUUGCAUGCGGAGUCUCCAAGGGGAUUUCAGCUGGCACUCAUGCAUUCAAGUAAAGGCUCCAAUUCGAGAUACCGGUGCGUUUCAAUAAGCAGGUUCAACAGUAUCUUUCAUUACAAAAAAAACAGCUCUGCUUUUCGGGCAGCUGCUAUGUCGCACUGCACAGUGUGGCGUAGCGCAGCGAUGGCAAGCUAAGCCUAAGAAAAAAACAUACGUGCAUAUAGAAACCACUGAUAUUAGUGUAGACGCUGACAACCUACGGAGAAAUUUGUAAUUGCAGUUCAGGGAUGUAAAUCUUUUUACGAGGCAACAGGUCACAGUUCUUAUUGUCUGGUAGUGAUAGCAGUGUGCGCAUUUCAAUAUAUUCUCUGAUGGAAUUGUCUUGGGUUUG